AUGGAUGAAUGUAACGGUAAAGAUAAUAAUAAUAGCAAGAAGAAUGAUGAUGAUGAUACACUCAGAUGUUUGAUUCAUAACAAGAAACAGAAGGUUAUAUGCUAUGACUGCAAUGAGAUCGUGUGCACAGUUUGCAUGACCACAGAGCAUGUUAAGCACGAAGUUGAGCAUGUCCACAGCAUCAAGACACAGUUCACCAGUGACAAGAGGAUAAAGAGGUUCGAUGGCCGCCUCGAUACACUUUGGGACACAUUGCAACAAUUGGCAUGGUCCUAUGACACCAUUCAGAUCUCACACAGACGUGUCGCCAAUCAGUUUAGAGAGCUGCAUGAAUUCCUUAUGAUGGAGGAGCGAAGGCUCAAGAAGGACCUCGAUGAUGAGCUUGACAAGACAACAACAUCAAUCAACAACAUCAUCAAUGAGAUUGCCAACCUAAAAGCACAUGCUACCCACAUUGACGAAGAUUGCGAUGGUGUUGACGUGAUGAAUACAUUGGUGCGAUCGAUUCAAACAUCAAGGACAUUGGAUCAAUUCAUCGACAAAAAGUUCAAGUCAUGCGGUGAUGAUGUCACGAUUGGUGAUGAUCAACUGUUGGACUUUGUUCGAAGAGCAUCACAAGCCACUCUGGCCGUUCAGGUUGUCACCAAACCGAUACGUAUCGAGUAUGAUUCACAUAUGUUGGAGAGAGGUAUUGUGGAUCUCAUUGAUAAAUACACAUUUGAUGAUGAACCAACCUUGAUUGAACAUGGCUUCAGGAAUCACAUCUUCUCACUGUGGAAGGACUCUUGUUCGAUGUAUUCAUUGGACACUGGUGAGUGGACUGUGAUCGAUGACAAAUACACACCAAGAGAGCGCAUAUUCAGAUCGGUUUGGCACAAUGACCUGGAGAUCAUUGGAGUCGAUGGAGGUGAAAGCAUAUCAACAUGUUACAAUGGUGACAAUCUCAUCUACUUGGUCGGUGGAUACAACGAUGAUAAAGUAUUGGAUCGAAUUGAUUGUUUCAACAUUGACACUCAACAAUUCACAUCAGUUGGACGAUUGAGUGUGCCAACCAGAGGAUCAUACUCAUUCCUCUACAUGGAUAGGAUCAUUAUCGUUGGUGGCGAUGUUGAUGUUGAAUGUGAAGUCUCGCUCACUGACAUCUUGUCAUUCAACAUCGGCACCAAGGAAUGUGACGUCCUCCUCAAGACUGAAUUCCAUCCAGAGGAAUUCAUCAUUGCUUGCUAUGAUGGCUUUGAUCAUGUGUUCAUCUUGGGCGAUGAGUCCACUCUCUUGGUCAACCUGUCCACCAUGAAUUCAAUUCAAGGUAUUGGAAUGUACACAAUAGGAUGGCCAUGUAUUUAUACACAAUCACAUGGAUUUGCUGCACUCAGUGGCACUGGAAAGAAUGAGAGAUUCUCAGAACUGCAAGACAAAUGGAUAUCACUCGAUGACAAUGACCCUGUGGAGGAUAGGUCCUCCUUUGGAACAUGUCAUAUCUAUCAUUGA